AUGGAAGAGUGGGUCAGACCCCUGGGCAAGAGGACAAAAAAUCCGGCAGUGGUAAAUACAGUAUGUACACGAGGAACAGGACUUCAAAAACACUUUCGUUAUCCUUCUAGAUUUUUGCUGUCAUCAGUGUUGCAACGGUCCCUUCUGGCCCCCAUGGUCUGGAUUCUGAUGACACUCUUGGAUGGAAAAUGUUUCAUCUGCGCAUUUAGUAUGAAUGUAGACCCUAAAUAUUUUACAGGAAUACCAAACAGCACUGGCCUAGAAUUGAUCAAGAUCAUGGCUAAGGUGCCUUGUAAAGAGGAUGUCAUCUUCAAAAACAGCAGUUUUCGGAAAGCUGUCUCACGCUAUGUGCGUUGUUACUCUCAGGCAAUAGGCUGGUCGAUCCUCCUCUUCUUCAUUUUUUUGGGCGCUGUGGGUCGUGUCCUAAAGCCUUGCUUCAAUCACGCCACUUUUCUGCAGACACGCUACUGGAGCAAUUACCUGGACAUUGAGCAGAAGCUCUUCGAUGAGACCUGUGUCCUUCAUGCCAGAGAUUUUGCUAGAAAAUGUGUAGUGCAGUUUUUUGAGAGUAUGCGAGAAGACGUGACUGUGAGAAUGCCCCUCUCAAGUGCAUUCAGACUCAGCACAAUCCAUAAUGAAUAUGAAGAGGAAGAAGAUGAGCAUCUGCAUGGUAUAACCAGACACGAUCAGGUGGAUCACUUGCUGCAAACCUGGUACGAGUGUAAACCAGAGCUGGACGUGACCAGGAUGGCCUAUAAACCCAAAGUUUGUAUCACUUGGGAAGAUAUCAAUGGAAAGGCAUUGUUCUCUGAAGUGUAAAACUUGGGGGAAAAAAGAUCUUACCUCUUAAACUAGAAUUAAUAUAAAUAAGUGACAUGUUCCUUAAAUAUUAAUGAAGAUAAUUAAAAAUAUUGAUCCGAGAAAAGUAAUAAUUUGAUUACUAAUUGACUAGUUAAUGUUAAAUCAAAAGCAAAUCUUAAAAUGCUUGCAUGCCGGAGCAAUGGAUAUAUAAUAAGGUAAAAUUUCUGUCUUCAUCAAUGUUGCAAUGAGCCCUCCAGACCCCAAAGGAUUCUGCAAUGAUGCCUGGAUGGAGAAUUUUUAAUUUGCAUUGUAGAACCCAAACAUUUUUGAAUUGCAAUGUAACUAUCCGAAUAUUGUCAAUUCUGAAAGCCUUGUUUUAACCUUCCUCAAGGCUUGCAUGCUGGUGAAUUUGAAUAUGCUGGGAUUUAGUUUGUGUAAUUUUGCAUUUCUCUCUCCACAAACAUUACACAACAACCUCAUGUAUAUGGUUUGGAUGCAAAUUACUACAGAACCCUGGCACCACCUGAAAAAAUA